AUGGCCGCCCCCGAAGUGCACCACCUCUUCCACCACCCGAUCGCGGACCACUCCUUCUCCGCCGACCGCCAGACGCUCGCCGUGGCCCGCGACAACAACGUCGACCUGUACGCCCGAUCCGGCAGCGGCUUCAAGCUGCAGGACGAGCUCUCGGGCCACGACAAGACGGUCACAGGCGUCGACAUCGCGCCCAACAGCGGCAAGAUCGUCACGUGCUCCCAGGACCGCAACGCCUAUGUCUGGGAGCCCUCGGCCAGCGGCUGGAAGCCCACGCUUGUCCUCCUGCGCAUCAACCGCGCUGCUACGUGCGUCCGCUGGGCGCCCUCGGAGACCAAGUUCGCGGUGGGGAGCGGCGCGCGGCUGAUCCCCGUGUGCUACUUCGAGGAGGAGGAUAACUGGUGGGUCUCCAAGCACAUCAAGAAGCCCAUCCGCAGCACCGUCACCGCGGUGGCCUGGCACCCGAACUCUGUCUUGCUGGCAGCCGGCUCGACCGACGGCCACGCCCGCGUGCUCUCCUCGUUCGUCAAGGGCGUCGAUGCCCGCCCCGAGCCGUCGGCGUGGGGCGAGCGUCUCCCCUUCAACACCGUGUGCGGCGAGUUCCUCAACAACACCGCCGGCUGGGUCCACAGCGUCGCCUUCUCGCCCUCGGGAAACGCGCUCGCCUUCGCGUCGCACGACAGCACACUCACCGUCGUCUACCCGUCCGCGCCCGAGCAGCCCCCCAGCGCGGUGAUCAGCCUCAGCACACAGGUCCUGCCCUUCGUCUCGCUGGUCUGGAGCUCCGAGGACGAGAUCAUCGCCGCGGGGUACAACUGCGAAGCCUACCGCCUGCAGGGCUCCGAGCAGGGCUGGCAGCUCGCCGGUUCGCUGGAGAGCAAGGGCCGCCCCGGACUGGCCGAGGCGAGGGAGGAGAGCGCGUUCAACAUGUUUAGGCAGAUGGACCUCAAGGGCAAGAGCUCGGCGGAUGAUACGAAGCUGAAGACGGUGCACCAGAACACCAUCAGCACGAUUCGCAGUUACCAGGAGAGCGGAGGCAAGAUUAGCAAGAUCAGUUCGAGCGGUGUUGAUGGAAGGGUCGUUAUUUGGAAUGUGUAG